AUGGGCGAGGCCGCCGCUUCGUACCUACACACGGUAAUCGACCGCCGGAGACGCCUCUUUUUCUUCUUCUUCUUCUUCUUCUCUGUGGCGGCACCGCCAGCCCGACUGAUUGAUCCCCUCUCCCCUUGGCUUGGCUUUUAGGUGCAGCAUUUGAUCGAGCAGUGCCUCGUCUUCCGCAUGAGCCAGGAGGAAUGCGUGGAGGCCCUCUCUAAGCACGCCGGUAUCAAGCCCGUCAUUACCUCCACUGGUCUCUCUCUCUCUCUCUCUCUCUCUCUCUCUCUCUCUUCCUUCUUCUUCUUCCUUUGGGUGUCGAUGUGGGUCGUUCUCUUUGGUCUCAGUAUGGAAGGAGCUGGAGAAGGAGAACAAGGAGUUCUUCGCGGCGUACGCGCAGGCCUCACAUGGAGAGUCGUGGACGAACGGCCGUGAAGAGACGGCCGCCGUAAGCCGGGUUACGUAG